AUGGAUAAGGAUUGCCCUCAGAAUAAGAAUCACACGCAAAGAAGGAGCACUGGUCGAGUUUAUACUUUGGAUGCAAGGAAGGCUAAGAGCAACAUUGCUGGUACGUAUCUCGUCAAUGAUCAUCCUUGUUUUGUAUUGUUUGAUUGUGCGGCAACACACUCUUUUGUAUCAAUUCAAGGUAUGAAGCAUCUUGACCUGCAAGCAAUUCCUUUGUCUCCUCCUAUGGUGGUUACUACCACCAUGAUUGAUGUGGUUGAGACACCGUUAAUUUGUGAAAAUUGUUCGCUCUUAGUGAAUGGUAGAAUUUUCCUGAUUGAUCUUAUUUGUUUACCUCUGAAGAAGGUUGAUGUGGUAUUAGGGAUGGAUUGGCUUUCUUCCAAUUCGGUGUUUAUUGGAUGUGAAGAGAAGUUGAUUAUCACUCCUUCUAGUGAAUCUACUCCAAAGGAUGUAUUAACUACCAUCUUGGAAGGUACAAUUGACAUGGUUAAUUUCUUAUUUGAGAAGGAAAAGUCAGUUCUCUUGGUUAUCAUCAAGGAACCUAGCAAAAAUCAGAAUGUUACCCAAAUUCCUAUCGUUUGUGAAUUUCCAUAA